AUGUUGGAUCGUUGUAACAAAACUCUUCUACCUUUGUUCUUUGGAUGCCUGGCUUGUCUUGUGGGGACAUCUGUUGUAAAUGCAGACGGUCGAGUGUUCGUGUUGGACCUGAGGAACUCCUCCGGCCUGCAGGGCUUCAGAGAUGCCGAGGGGGCUUGUGCCGCCCGACAUGCCCGCCUGGCCUCAGCAGAGGAGCUGCAUCACGCCGUGGAGGAGUGCUUCUUCUCCCCGUGCACCCGCGGGUGGCUCUACGGAGGCACAGUGGGGAUGACGGUGUGUAACGUUGUGGGCAGUGCACUGAAAGCAGUGGAUGUGAGAACAGAAAACGCCACCGAGGACUCUGAAAACCUGGACGCCUUCUGUAUCAAAGACAGGGAUGUGCCGUGUGGUGACCCUCCAUCCUUUCCUAACGCUCAUCUCCAGGAGCACUCUGGGUAUGAGAUGGGAGACGAGCUGCUGUACACAUGUUUGCCCGGUCAUGUCAUGCCCAGUGGACGCAGUGCGUUCAGUCUACUGUGCGACAGCUGUGGAGAGUGGUACGGAUUAGUGGAGAUUUGUGUCAAAGAUGAGACUGAAAGUCACGUAGACUACGAGGACAAGUUUCCAGAUUCCUAUGGAGAGGCAGAGCACCAUAGCGAGAGGCCAGAGGAGGCUCAGGGUCAGGUGUACGGGGAGGUGCACGGAGCUGAAUACCCACAAGGGGAAAGGCGUCAGGUUCAACAAGAGACGAGCUUCAAUGUCGAAGUAGAGGAGGAGCAUCAAGACCAACAUGGAGUGCCUGAAGUGGAAGAGGAGGUCAUCGAUACAACAUUUGUGGUAGCAGGAGGGGAGAAAGCUACAGAAGCACCUGUGUCUCUUCUCUCCCAGAAACACCUCUUCUGGUUCCCCUCUGAGGCCUUCCAGGAUGAGGGACGUCCCGCCUCCACCAAUCCAGUCACACAGACCACACAGAGAGCUUCAGGCGCCCAAUCAGAGGAGAGCAAAGAGCAGGACAGCCAAGAAACGCACCACCACCAGCGUCCAGUUGAUGUUGACGACCAAGGUCACGACGACCAUGACAACCAUGAUGACGGUGAACAGAGUCACCAGGAGGAAGACGACGGAGAUGAUCAUGUGAAGCAUUAUAUUCCAGCUAAAGUUGAUGACCAGGACAGGCGGGACCGGCACAAAGAUACAGACGAUCAUGACGACCAUUAUGACAUGGGUGAACACGAAGACGACCGGGAUCGUGUUCGCUACGGAGGUCAAGAGUACGACGAUACUUACGAUGAACAUGAAAGCUACGAAGAGCAUGAAGAUGUGACUGACGAUCGAGAAGACAUUGAUCGAGAACGUCCUGACGAAUCUAAAGAACAUCCUGACCCCGAUGACCACGAUGUCCACGAUGACCACGAUGACCCCGAUAACCACGAUGACCAUGAACCCGACGACCAUGAACACGAUGUCCACGACCACAAUGACCAUGAACAUGAUGACCAUAACCACGAUGACCAUGAGAGCUACGAAGAUGACAAUGACAGUCACCAGCGUGUGAUCUUUUCCCAAGAGACGGAUAUAAAACAGAAUGUUACAGCAGAAGAAGAAGCCCCCACAGACGACACCUGGCUGGACGGCUACCCUGUCGUCCUGGAGGAAACAGAGAAAGGGGACUCCACAACAGAAAGGGUUAGACCAGAGGAUACAGCGAGGGGGACAGUUGUGAGGACAACUGACAGACCUAAUGAGGUGGAAGUUGGUAGACCCGUCCCUUACACCAGCCUACCAGAAGUACUUGCGUCUUCCACAACAGAACCUGCUUUAGCUCAGGGGGGAGCGGAGGAAAUGUUGCCGGGCUUCAUCCCCACCGCUGCUCCCUCACAGCCCUCCGACUCCCCCUCACACUCCGACACCUUGGACUACGACACCCAACAGGCAGCUCCCACCCACUCCUGGCAGGACGACCUCUCUCAGCACCCCUUCCUGGAUCAUGGCCCAGUUCCCCCGAUGCAGGACACCGACAGCGGAGUUACAGAAGAGCACACUGUACACAUCCUUCCAGGGGAGACCGGCGAGAGGGGUGAGGUGGAGGGAGAGUUGGGGGAGGCAAUCUGUACCGGUGAGAACUGCCCUCCGAGCUCCUCCAGCCAAGGUCCCACUGUUGCCGCCAUAAUCGUGGCGGUGUGCGCUAUCGCCACGGCGGUGAUCGUUGGGGUGUGGUGCUACUGCCACAAACAGAAGAAGAGCUCAAUGUACAAGAUGAACGGGAAGGGCCAGAGUCAGAGCAGACAGGGCCAACAGAUAGAGAUGCAGCAAAAAGUGUAAGGGCGACCAAUGAUGGAGGGCAGAGACAUUUGGGAGGGAGGGGAAAAUUCAGAGA